UACUAUUAUUGAAAUGCUACAUAUACAGAUACGUUGCAUUAAAAUAUUAUAAUAAUAUUUAAAUCCUUAAUUAUCAGAAUGAAAUUAGAUGCGCAAAUACUUUUUUUAUUCCUACAAUCCUACAGAUAUUACCACUACUAAUUCGUACGAAAACUAUUUUGUUUAUUACGAAUCGUUAAAAUUCCGUCUGAAAUCAAUAUUACCUGUUCUUCGUCUGGUUCUUCGUGUGUCCAUUUAUAUUCAAAAAAUGGCUGACUAGUUGCAACAAUAAUGUGCGUCACACUCCAAUAGGUGUUGUACAUACAUACAUACAUACAUGUAUACUAAUCGGGUUCCGACAUUAAUAGAAGAAAAAAGUGAAGAAAAAGAUAUUGCUCGUUUCGGUUCUACCCAAAGUUAGAGGUAGUAAAAGAAAAGCAAUCAGUGCUAAGUUUUCAUAUGUUCGUUUGAAAGGGGUAUGGUCAGGAGUAUGCAUACAGUGUUACGCCCGCUAUAAACAUUUUUUCCACUAGUUGUAUUCUCACUAAAAGAAUCGAAAGCUGAAACUUAAAAAACCCUGUUUCUCAUUUGCCUAAAGAGGUCACAACGAUCUUCAUUAUCAUAACGUGUAUGUACCCUGUUCAGAAUAUGUAGCACAGUACCUUAUACAAAGAUGCAAAAUCACUGUGGGGAUUAUAAAAAUUUGACGACACAAAUAAAAACAACAUUGAUAAUGAUUAACGUCAUUGAUAAUGAUGAGUUACGAAGCAAUCUUUGCCUGUCGCCAUCAUGCAAGGACACCAUCGAUCGUUUUUGAUUCCUCGUGAUAAUUUUCACCUGUCAUCGGAACUGGAACGAAGAAUAACUGAUAUGCUGAUUAUUUCAGUGACAUCACAGAAGUAGUCAUCGUGUAAAUUGUCAUUCUCAGGUACGUUCUCGUAAAACGGAAAUAUACUGGCGCACAGUGGUGCCUUGGCGACAACAAACUCUACUCUCACUUAUUAAAGUUGAAUUCGUUUCAUUACCGGUAGACACCGUGGACGAAUAAAUGAAAGAAAGAAAAGAAGAUCGCAUCAGAGUAGCUGGUCAAUUUUUAAAAGCACGACUAAUUCUUUAUGUUUUUUAUUUCAACAUCCAAGCCCAAGAAAUGUAAAUCGCGAGAGACAAGCGACAAGCUUUUUCUAAGAAAGCAACUCGACCAUAAUGAAAACUUGAUCUUGGACGAAGAAAUUUGGACAAACAACCGGGCCGAUCGGAUCGGAUCGGAUCGCUCGUUUAUUAUACGUUGGCGAAAUUCGAUUACCUAAUCGCAGUAAUAAAAUAAGAAUGUUAAUUGGACGCGAACGUGAAGUUGCCUCGAAACAGUAUUAAAUAGAGGUGAAAGUUUUUCAAGAAAACGAACAAGUUAAGCUAUUUUUUUUUUUCGCAGAAAUGAUUGAUAAUAAUGUAGACCUUUAGUGUAGAUUGUAUUAGACAUACAGGAUGCUGAGGAAGUGAAAAGAAGAACGGCUACAUAUUUUGUAAUCGUUUACUUCCAUAACACUUGAAACGACACGACACGACACGACACGUGGCGUUAGAAAAUUAGUCAAAUUUUAAACCUUUUAGACCUUGACUCCAAGUCCAGUCCAAGUUUUGUUCUAUGUUGAAGCAAUUGUUUCCUUUAACUCUAGUUAUAAAGCGUUUCAAUUAAUCCUUUCGAUACACAUAUGUACCUAUGUACAAUUGAUUUUGACAGAAAACAAGUAAAAAUUAAGACACAAUGUACUACAUAGUUGUUCUGGAUUAAAAUGAUUAGAUUAAUUAAUAAGUUGAAAAUUUGUAGGAAUUGUAAAUUUGAAAUAAUAGUGUUGGAGCGCGCGUACGUGGUGGGGUGUCGCGGUGUCACUUGAAAGAUAACAACGAUGAUGACGCAGGCCACGAGGACGACGCGACGGGGCUUGCUUUCCAUUUGGAUUCUGUGAUUACUUUUUCCUGCACGGCAGUCCUUUCCCGGUCGUCGUCGUCGUAUCUCUUCAGCGCGGUGCUGAUGCAAAUAAAUUUUCUGUUCCUUCAUCGAUAGAACGUUUAUCACAUCGCGAGAUCGCGCCACAUAUAUUCUCUUUUUUUACCACUCUCUCCUCCAACCCUACCAGUAUUUAGAAUAUCAGCAUUUCUCCUUUUCACUUUCAGUUAAGAGCUAAAACAAAUGUAUAAUCGUUAAACGGUUGUGAUAUCAAAAUCAUCAGUAGUGUGAAUGAUCAGAAUAGUUAGUUUACCGAAAACUUAUUAAUUAAACACGAUGAAAUACACGAAGACGAGAAUCAUACUGUUGGCAUGUGUAUGCGCAUCGAUCAAUGGGGAUGUACGAGAUCCAGAGACGUUGAGGGAAGCGUUGCCAGGCUAUGCGAUCACCGCCAACAUCGAUCAAUUGAAUUCAACCAGAUGUCGAACGGAAGUAAAGGAAUUUCGUGACUCGGUGGAUCGUGGCGUACUGUGGAGUCUGAGAAUGUUGGACGCUAGCGGAGAGCCAACCUCUGGUUUCGUCUCGGGGAACAAUUAUUGGAUGGGAAGCAGACAGCAGUGCGAGUUCCUUAGCCAGAAACGAGCGUUGCCCUUGUCAGACAAGAGGAUUCGGAACAAUUCCAUCUAUCGUAACCCCGUUGAAGAGUUUCCACCGUUUCAGCUCAACUUCUUCAGCGCUCAUAUCAGUCAAAAUGGCACUGUGCAGUAUCAUAUCUCGGUACCCAAGGAAGAGCUGAUAGUGUUGGGACUUUGCCUACCAGCGUCUUGUACCGAACACGAAGUGGCUACAAUGCUGACCAAGAUGUUCGACGAUAGACUUCUUUUAAUCGGACAACUCUAUUCGACAGACUUUAAGUUGAUCAAAGUGUCGAAUCUGAAAAAUGACCAUAAAUGGCUUCUCAGUGGAAAGAUAAUUACAAUCCUCUUUAUUUUGACUGCAUUAUUUGGUAUAGUGAUAAUGGGCACGUUAUACGAUAGCCUUGUAUACCAGAAAUGUUUACGGAAGAAGAAAGAAUCUCUUGCUUACGAGAACAACAAUACCUCCGAAUUGAAAAACGAUAUGGAAGAGAAACGGGAACACGAUCAGGAGGAUGAUAUACCGUCCGAAAUAAAACCAGACAAUCGGAUCGUACAAAUCCUUAUACAUUUCUCAGCCUACUCGAACAUUAAACAGAUAUUUAAAAUAGAUAAUGGUGUAGAAGAUAUAGCAGUAUUUCAUGGAUUAAAGUUUUUUGGAAUGAUAUGGAUUACUAUGGCGCAUACGGUUUUUUAUACGUUGCAUAUUAUAGGUAACAAAGCGGAAGGCUAUAUGAUGACCAUUAAUGUGGAGAAUCAAAUUUUGUCAAACGCCACAUUAUCUGUCGAUACAUUUCUUUUCAUUAGCGGUUUUUUACUGACAUUCGCCUAUCUAAAGAUGCAAGGAAAAAAAGAGAAAAAAGUGGUAUCGUUGCGCAGAAAUGCGAUGAAUUUUAUCAGCGCACUCGUGAAGAGAUACAUCAGGCUUACACCUGCAUAUCUGACUACGAUAUUGCUUGUGAUUAUUAACUUCUCCUGGCACGAACAGUUUACGUUGUGGUACUUUAUCGAGCCGAUGCCCCAAUUAUGCUCGAAAUACUGGUGGAGAAAUAUACUCUACAUCAAUAAUCUCUUCGAAUGGGAAGAUUUAUGCCUCUCCUGGAGUUGGUACCUCUCCAAUGAUAUGCAAUUUUAUAUCUAUGGCAUCUUUCUAUUGAUAUUAUCGACUAGUUACUACUAUGCUGCUCUCGGUAUAAGCGUUGCUACGUUACUUUUCUCCACGUUCAUGCGCGCAUAUGUAACAUACGCUACUGGAUACAUUGCUACGCUGGACGCACAACUUGAUACGAUGACUUACAUAUAUAUGCGACCAUGGAUGAGAAUCCAGCCGUAUAUAGUUGGGAUGGGCACGGCUCUGCUUCUUACAAAAUUGAACUAUAAAUUGAAUCUAUCCAAAAAAGCAUUAGCUGCCUGCUGGUGCUUCAGUAUUUCGUGUAACUGCACGAUUCUGUUUAGUGUCGUGGAUGGAAACAUCUCGCUUGGUUUAUCAAUGCUUUAUCAGAUGUUUAGCAGAUUAGGUUGGAGCGUUGGAAUAGGGUGGCUCGUGAUCGCCUGUGUAACGAACAAUGCCGGUAUCGUAGGUAAAUUUUUGUCGUUAAGGUAUUGGAUUCCCUUCAGUAGAGUAACGUACUGCGCUUAUCUAAUAAAUCCAUUUUUAAUACUGUCGAUUAGUAUGUUUAGCAAUUAUUCAUACAACAUUGAUUUUUUAACCACUGGUGUUAUAGCCCUUGGAAUAUUGGUAAUAACUUACGUUUGUGCAUUCGCAUUGUCGAUAAUGGCUGAAGUACCGGCGAUAUUAUUUUUACGAUCAAUCAGUACUUCCAGCAGGAGAAUGAAAAGGAAAUUGUCUAUGGGUAAAAGACGAACGACCACCAUAACACUGGACUUGGCAAAUGAUCGUUCAGCCCUUUGUUCGGCUAUGACAGCAUCACUUGAAGAAAUGUUCAUUACAUACUCGAUACAUCUUGGUCAGCUGAGGAUGAAGUACAAGAGGAUAAGUAUCGUACUGCUGGCAUGUGUGUGCCUGUCUACCGAAGCGAACGUACGAAACUCAACGGGACUGGUAGAAAACUUUCCCGGUUAUACGAUCACCAAUGGUAUCGAGCAGUUAAAUUUGACAAAAUGUCGAAAAGAGAUGGAUGAGUACCGUGUUGCGGUGAACGAUCGCGUACUAUGGAGUUUGAGAAUGUUGGACGCGAGCGGACAACCAACAUCGGGAUUCAUUUCGGGGAACAACUUUUGGAUGGGCAGCAGACAACAGUGCAAGUAUCUUAGCGAAAAGAUACCCUACGCGUUGUCGAAGAAUAAAAUGAAGAACAAUUCAAUCUAUCGUAACCCGAACGAAGAAUUUCCGCCUUUCCAACUAAACUUUUUCAGUGUUCAAGCUCAUCAUAAUGGCACUAUGCAGUAUCAUGUUCCGCUACCUAUGGAUGACGUUAUAGCGCUUGGUCUUUGCCUACCAGCGUCCUGCAGCGAACAGGAAGUAGCUACAAUGAUGAAGAAGGUAUUCGAUGAUAGACUUCUUCUACUUGGACAGCUCUAUUCGAUGGAUUUCACUUUGAUCAAAGUCUCUAGUUUAAAAGAUGAUUUUAUCUGGCUUCAUAAUGGAAAGAUGAUUGUAAUCCUCCUUAUUUUGGUGGCAUACUUUGGUAUCGCGACAGUGGCCACAUUAUACGACAUUCUUAUAUUUCAAAAACGUCUAGAGAUGAAGAAGAAAAAGAAGAAGAAGGGAGACGAAAAUCUAAAGAACACUAUCGAAUUCAGCAACGAUGCGGAGGCGAAAGCUGAAGGCGAGAAAAAGGAUAUUCCAUCAGAGCUGAAACGACGCGAUCGAAUCGAAAAGAUCCUUAUAUGUUUCUCAGUUUAUUCAAACAUUAAACAGAUAUUUGAAAUGGGCAACAAUUCAACAGAUAUAGCAAUAAUUCAUGGGAUGAAAUUUUUUGCAAUGAUAUUGAUCAUAUCCGGUCACGGGAUCUUAUAUGCAAUAAAUAACACAGGUAAUAAGAUGGAAACGUAUGUGAUGGCCAGCCUUAUUGAAACCCAAAUCUUCUCAAACACGACACUGUCCGUGGAUACUUUUUUAUUUAUAAGCGCUUUCCUGCAAGUACAUGGAUUCCUGAAAAUGCAAACGGAAGAAAAGAAACGUGAACCGUUUCGCAAGAAAAUGAUUGAUUUUUUCAAUGCAAUCAUCAAGAGAUAUAUCAGGCUUACACCUGUAUACGUCGUCACGAUAUUGCUCGUGAUUGUAACGUUCUCUUGGCUGGCAAACUAUUCAGUAGCAUUCUUCAGCGAGCCGAUGCACGAACUUUGCUCGAAAUAUUGGUGGAAAAAUUUACUCUACAUCAAUAACUUCUCGGAAUGGAAAGAUAUAUGCAUGAGCUGGAGUUGGUACGUCUCUAAUGAUAUGCAAUUCUACAUUGUUGGUCUCCUUUUGUUAACUUUAUCGACCACCAGUUAUCGCUAUACUGCCCUCAGCUUAGGCAUUGGAAUAUUACUUGUAACAACGUUGGUGCACGCUUACAUAACGUAUGAUACAGGAUACAUUCCUACGGUGGACACGAAGCUUGACACACUGACUACCAUGUACAUAAAACCGUGGAUGAGGAUCCAGCCGUACAUGAUAGGAAUGGGAACGGGUUUGCUUCUUAAUAAAUGGAAUUAUAAGUUGCAUCUGUCAAAAAAAGCAUCAGCUGCAUGUUGGACUCUCAGCAUUUUUUCUACUUUAGCUAUUAUGUUUGGUUGCGCAAAUCCAAAUAUGACGCUUGGCUUAUCGGUCGUCUACGAAACUUUUAGUAGAAUAGUUUGGAGCCUUGGAAUAGCGUGGCUCAUAAUUGCGUGUCUGACAAACAAUGGCGGAAUCGUAAAUGAAUUUUUGCGUUUACCAUACUGGAUUCCUCCCAGUCGAGUAACAUACACUGCUUAUCUUUUCAAUCCAUUUAUCGUAAUAACUAUUUCUACGUUCAGCAAUUAUCCAUUUAACGUUGAAUAUUUAACCAGUGCUGUUUUUACCAUCGGAAUAUGUACGGUUACUUACGUUGUGUCUUUUGGAUUGUCGGCGAUCAUUGAAGUACCUACGAUAAUAUUCUUACGAACAGUCAGUUCUUCGUCUAGAAGAAAGGAAUGAGUAUACAAUACAUACCAUAGAGAGGAUAAUCAUUGUUGUAUCCCAAUUAUCUUUAACUAACAGGGACGGUUGAUUACUGCAACUGUGAAAAUUUUCUAAACUUUUUUACUGCUAUUUCCUUGUGCAAUAUUUUCAAAGUCACGUUAGGUUAAAUGAAGAAAAUUAAGAAAAUUAAGAAAAUUAAGAAAAUAGUUGUACAUAAUAAUAUGUACGUAUGUAUAACGUGCGCCACGCUGCUCUAUAACGUUUCAUUUGAAUACGUUAUGCAAGGUCACAAAAAAUAAUAUUUAAAUUCUCCUUGUUACUUUGGUCUUUUUUUUUUCGUUUUCGUGAUAAAAGCUUUUUUUUCCUUCUACCAUCAGUAAAAAAUAAAAAAAAAAAAUAAAAAAAGAAAACCUUGACUCAGGGAACUCUAAAUUCUAACAAUUUUAUUUAUCUACAUAUUUGUUUUAUUUAUUUAUUUAUUUAUAUAAUUUUAUAAGCAGAAUUACAAAUAAAAUGAAAUCGACAGAUUGAUUGACCUUUGGUUGGCAUCGUUAUUUUGAUUUUGCAUAUUUCGUCAUAUAAUAUUCAGGUGAAAGAAAGAAA